CUCCCGGUAGUUGUUGAGUCCUCGAAGUUGACCGAGGUUGCGCUGCGCUGAGCAUUACCAGUGGAAAGCACUGGCAGAAUGUUGAGUUCAAGAUUCUGUUCGAUAGGGCUGUUACAUUGUAUCCAACCUAGACAGCGUUGUUUCAUCCAUAAGUCCUGUGAGGAUAUAAAACGAUUUGUUAUAGAAAACACAGAAGUAGUAAGAGACAACAGUUUAACUCCCGAAAUCCAAUUGAGCCUUUUUACACCUCGCUGCAGAUUUUGGCAUGCACGACCAGAAACCUGGCCGUUUUCGGACCCUUACUGGGCGAUAUAUUGGCCAGGAGGGCAAGCUCUUUCAAGGUAUCUCUUGGACAACCCUGAGGUAUCCAGAGGGAAGAGUGUGCUGGACUUGGGCAGUGGGUGUGGAGCCACAGCUAUCGCUGCCAAACUCUGCAAGGCCUCUCAGGUGGUUGCCAAUGACAUUGACUCAGUUGCUGCCGUGGCCAUUCAGCUGAACUGUGAACUGAACAACGUGGAGCCAAUUCCAUGUGUGACUGAAAACCUAAUUGGAUGCGAGUCUGAACCCUGGGAUCUAAUCCUGCUAGGUGAUAUGUUCUAUGACGGAGACUUGGCCGACAGCUUGCAUUCCUGGCUUCAGAGGUGUAUGAAGACCCACAAAACACAAGUGCUUGUGGGAGACCCUGGACGUGCCCAGUUUGAAAGCCACAGCAUCAAAAGGUCUAUGCGGGAGCUGGCACAGUACACAUUACCCGAGUCUGUGAGAGAGGAGAACUAUGGACUUACCAGCAGUACUGUUUGGCUGUACAAGCCUGAUGUAUGACCAAUGUUUUGACUUUCCUAUACUGAUAUAUCAUUUAUACCCGUAUUAGCGUUUGGAUGAAUCACAGGGAACAACCUUGGAAAGGACAAUAUUUAUACUGUUUAUUAUUUGGCACAAUUGUGUUAAGCUGAACAUUUUGCCAACUACCCAUAUCAUGCAGAGAUCAUGAUACAUCUUGGCUUCAGGAAGUAAAAACCCUUCCACAGUCGUAAAAGUUCCUGAUUCUGAUGUCCAGGCAAGUGAGAGGGAGUGGUCCCAGUCAGUCAAAGCUUUUUCAUCUUUUGGGAUAAAGAACUUUGCAAUAAGCUGCCAAAUUAUCAGUGCGAUCAUUCUUUGUAUUAUUAUUAUUUUUUAAAUGCUGUAUACAGUACACCUAGUCAGCGGUGAACCAUAUACUCAGUGUUGUUUAAAUAACAGUCAAGAACAUCAAUUUGGAAUGCAUCAGAUGGUACCGGCACAAGAAUACACCAUUAUGAAGUAAAUUAAGUUUGGAAAUAUGUAGAUGGGAUACAUAUAUAUUUAAUAUAAAUAAAAUAAAUAAAAUGAAAAACUGAAA